GUUUUAGGCUCAUUGCCCCUUGCCUGCACAGCCAUGCCCUCAAUGGAGAUUUCCUAAGGUCCUACUGCGAAUACAACAAACGGUAACUUUACAAAGCAUCAACACCUGCUGCGUGGUCGUGCAGCUUCACUGAUGUAAUCGCGUUCCAGUCUUUUGUUGUGGCCUUCGACAGAGCUAGCAGAGCCCUUUUGAAAAAAUAACAGCUUUCGGUAGGGCCUGCAGGAGCAAGUAGCAAAUAGCAGCAGUGGAAGAACACUAAAAGAGUCUUUCACUUAGGCUCAGCGCAGAGUGCACUGAACAUGCACAAUUCAUCAUUUCUUCGCUCGUGCCGAGCAGCGUUGUCUCUUCUCAACUCUGAGAGGAGUCAGGCGUUUCUCUUCUAGACUAGGAGGGAGAGGAGUAGGCGAAAAUCAGUACUGCACUGUACUUUUUCCCCGCUUGAAAUUUAGCUGACCACACCUUUUGUUUUGUCUGUUCACUGGCUGGUGAAUCAUGUUGCAUGUGCUCAUCGACAUCCAACGCGGCAUUGCAGUUCGUCAUUGCACGGCGUCAGUGAAAUGGCUCAGAACCUACAGAAUUCUUGGCCAUUUGCGAUGCGGCCUCUCCCUUGGUGCUACUUAGUCGCCUUGUGCGCAUGUGCAGAGGGGCAGCUUGAUGUCAGGCUCUCAAGGUGGCUGCAAGCUACAUCUGCGGUGCCCUCACAGGAGGCUGAGUUGGCAGAGGUCCGAAGAGAGGAGUUUUCAGAAGAAGGACAAGGAGUGUCUUAUACAUUGCUGAGCACUACAGCCUUUUCUCUGAUGGCAGUGUACUUGGUGAACUGGAACGACGAUGAUGUCAGACGCUACGCUUGGGAUGUCAUCAGUAUGGCACUGUCCAUUUUCACAUCUUUGCUUGCCUUUGUCAACCUGACAAACUGGCUGGAAGGGCUCGUCAAUGCCGAUGCUGAUGUGGGAGUGCGGUGCAUGCUUGGGUAUUCAAUGUUCAUUCUCUGGUUUGGAGCUCUUCUUGUGGCAAUAGGCUUCUCAUCAGGGGUGCUUUGCUCCACCAUACCGGAUGAAGAGUUUGAGAUGGAAGACUGGGUUGUUGAAGACGAGAUGCUGACAAGUCACAAGGAUCUGGUCGAUGCAUCUCGCAUUGUCUACAAGCGCUGGGGCCGGGCUAUUGCAACCGACGAUGACAACCAUCCGGUCUUUUGCAGGCAACGGAACUUGGCUAUGGAAGAGAUCGAGGGUCGAAUGCGGAGCCUGCUGGUCUUUUUCUCUCAUACAACAGCGUUUGCGGCAACAUAUGCUGGAGUGGCGCUGAUGCACGUUUCCUUCUUCGCCCAAAAUGCUCUGUGCAGCUUGUUGGCCGUGGUAAUCAAUUUGCUCGGAGUUUUCCUUGCUUUUCGGUUCGCUGAGCUUUUCACUUGCAGGGGCAAAAUGGAAAAAUUAGUCGACCUGUUCUUCGAAGCUGUGGAUGAUGCUGAGAUUGAUGUUCUUGGCUUGUCAGCUUCAUAUUUGUUGGUCUCCUGUUUGGCCUUCGGUAUUACUGGCAUGCAGAGCAACUUUGAACUCUACCAGAUGCCGUCCUCCCUCAGUCUCAACAGGGCUUUGGCAAUCUUUGCAAGUGGCUUGGCCAUUCUGGUACUCUCUGUCGUGCUUGUUGUCACAUGGAGGAGAAAGCCAAACGAGACUGCUUGGCGAACCAAGACCCGUGAACUUUCACAAUCAGCACUUUCGUUGGUCUUCAGCUGGUGCGCUGUACGAUCCGUCCAGUGGACCAUCGUUGACUUGUGCAAGAAGCAAGUGGUGACUUUGCUGCCGGCAUCUCUUGUCGUGCUCCUCGCUUCCGCUCUGACUAUGUCUGCAGCAUCGUUUGUUCUUAUCCUCCCUUUGGACAAAAUUGAAGAUCGGGUACGAAGUCUUGGCGGAGCUGGGCGAAUAUUCAAGGAUGUCAUCAUCGCUUUGGGAGUGGUUGUUGGCGUCUCUUGGGAGCCCGUUUUCAACAAGUCCGUUGCAGUGGCCGCUCAUUCGUUUUCAAACCCACCAGUGGUUCGCCUUCUCUUGUCGGCGGCCAUAGUGCUUUUGCUGCUUCCUGCAUGGAAGAGGUUUGUCCUCACGAAGCAAAUCAGCUACACAGAAACGCGAAGUGAGCGACGGAGCCGAUCAUACCUGACCAAAGACCAGGAUGUUUUGAAUCCACCACAGUCAAAACAAGAGUUUAGAGGCUGUGGCUUCGCGUGAGAGCUGACUGAAAAUCUCACCAUGUAACAAAGCACAUCACAAAGUGGAUGUAGGUGCCAAAGCUUGCACCGAAUAACCGAGUUUGGGGGUUUCAGAACAAUUUCGGAGAUCAUUGAACCAGUCAAGCACAUCAAGCACAUUGGAGUUGUUCCAAUUGCUGGAAGAUUGUCGGACCAUGGCAAACGCCAUGAGUC